CUGUCAAACAAAUACCGUAAAAAAUGUCUGAAAGAAUUUGGCUUGCUAUUUAUGGCUUACCGAAAAUUAUAAUUUUAUUGUGUGAAAUAUAAAAAGUGUGUGUAUAAUGUGUAUUUAAACAAUAUGGCUGCUUUUGAAUAUGUUGUGGUGAAACAAGAAAUUGAGGACGUUAAUGAAUAUGAAAAUAACGAGUCUUCAGAGCCUGAAGAAUCCAGGGAACUGCCUCAAUCCGUGGAAAUUAAAUUGGAAAUAGAAGUCCCACCCCCUGAUAUCAGCAUAAAAAAAGAAGUGCAAGAUGAAGAUGAAACUCCCUACGAGCCCCCUGCACCUCUGCCGCCACCCAGCUACCACAUGGCUGCUGCGGGGCCGCCAGACAGAGCCUCACAAAACCCUGCCCCAGAACCGAAUGUGCUGUUUGUCAAAUCUGAACCAGAUUGCGAAGAUGCAUCCUCCCAGGAACCGAUGCUGCAAAUAGUGGAAGACGAACCGCUAUCAGAUGUCCCCGAACCUGAGGAUCCUGUCUACGAAGGUACCUCAGAUCUCUCGGAUUAUCCAAGCUCUGAUGACCUCGCUGAAUUGAAAGCUAGCACCUCACGCGUCGAAUAUAAGAAGUACUACGCAGUGAGUCCAGAAGGUCGCUUCAUGUGCAGAAUAUGCCGCAAAACCUUCGCCAACAGUGGCAACGUCGUUCGCCAUCUUUUAUUACACACGCGAAAAACAAUAAUGUGCCCACAUUGCCCCGGACAGUUCCUAAACAAAAUACGAUUAGACAAACACAUAUUCAAAAAGCACACACACACUGAUCCAAAUCACAAAAACUACGGAUGCGACGUCUGUCCAAAGAAAUUCAAGUCGCGCUCGAAUUUACUCCAACAUAAAAAAACGCAUUUGAAAGACAAGCCAUAUAAGUGUCCCAAAUGUUCUCACACGUUCUCUUUUCGGACGAAUUUGAACAAACAUUUGGCAAACGUUCGAUGCAAACCGCAAAGUAACGAGCCGAUUGUAUGCAAGGUUUGCGACAAAACCUUCGAAAAAGAAUCCAUGUUGAAAUCGCAUUUAAAAAAGCACGACACGGAACGCCCUUUUGCCUGCGAAAUAUGUAACAUGACGUUCAAAUACAAGAAUACUCUGAUCCGCCAUAUGAUGUUGCAUCAAGAUUCUAGACCGUAUUCUUGCCCUGUCUGCGGGAAAGGGUUUACCUGCUCCGGUCUUCUAAAGCCUCAUAUGCGAGUCCAUACUGGCGAAAAACCUUUCACAUGUGAAAUAUGCAAAAAGAAAUUUUCCCAUAAGCAUAACAUGCAACGCCACAUGCAAGGCCACGAGAAAAUAAAGCACACAGUUUGCGAUAUCUGCCACAAAGAGUUUCCUAGAGAAAGCAGGUUGAAAUACCACAUGAGAACUCAUAUUAAUGAGAAGUAUUUCCUCUGUCACGUUUGCCCAAAAAGGUUUUCUCACAAGCAAAAUGUUUUACGGCAUUAUACCCGUAAGCAUCCUGGGCAGACUUAUGACUGUCCGGACACUGACGCCUCGAUCGCUCUUAAGGUGUGGGACAGUAUGAAAAGUAAGUACGGGCCUGAUGAUGAAGCUGAGCUCAUAAUCAGUUGAAGAGGUUCUUUUGAAGUAGGGUGUUUUGAAGUCGUUUAACUAGAAGCAAGUAAAUUUAUAACGUUUCUUCACCUAUAAUAAUACCUUCUGAUUUAUUGCGUUGAAGGAUUGAAGGUUUAUGUU